CAUAAAUUGCAAGUGAAAAGUGUGAACUUUUUUUUCAAUUAUUUUUUUUGGGUUCCAAAAUUUGAUUUUGAUGCUUCCUCUGGUGUGUGUUCACCAUUCGCCACAAACUUUUAAUAUUUUUUUUUGCCCCCCCCCCCUCUCUCUAUAUCUGUAUAUCUUUCUUGAUUCUUUAUUUUAUGCAUUUCCCAGAUGAUUUUGUGGUUUUAUAAUAGUGGAGUUCAUUUGUAUUGACACCUCCCUUUUUUUGUCUUCUUGUUUCUUCUCUCCAAUUCUGCUCUUUUUUUCCUCAUAUUUGAAGAUCUCAAACUGGUCUUUUUUUUGUUGUUUGUUUUUGGGUUAGAUUUUGAUGCUUUGAAUCACAGUUCAGCAUCAAGUUCAAUUCUUUCUCUCUUUCAGGAAAAAAAACUGGAUCUUUCUCCAGUUUUUCAUCUUUAAAAAAAGAAUUCUAAAUUUUACAGUUUGAUCUUCUGGUCACACUCUCUUGAGCUUGGGAAGUGAACUGUGAUUCAUCUUUGUUGCUGGGUACUCAUAAAAUUAUAUGGAGAGUGAGAGAAGACAAGUUACAAACUGAUUGACUGUACAUGUGGAUAAGUGACAGUAAUUCACUCAAAAUGGCAGCCUGAAAGCAAUGCCAGCUCAGAAAUGAUUUGCACUGCAAAUGAUUUACUGGGUUGGAAGGAUUUUCCCAAUGGGCUUAGUGUUCUUCUCCUUGAUGAAGAUACUAAUUUUGCUGCUCAGAUGAAAUCCAGGCUUGAGGACAUGAAGUAUAUAGUUUCAUGGUUCCAAAAUGAGAAUGAAGCUUUGCUUGCAAUCACAAGUAAAUCAAUGCAAUUUCAUGUUGCUAUUGUAGAGGUAAAUACUAGCAAAAGCAAUGAGGUAUACAAGUUUCUUGAAACUGCUAAAGAUUUGCCCACAAUAUUGAUGUCAAAUGUGCACUGCCUUAACACCAUGAUGAAGUGCAUAGCGCUCGGCGCUGUUGAGUUUCUUCAGAAACCGUUAUCAGAUGACAAGCUAAGGAACAUUUGGCAACAUGCCCUUCACAAGGCAUUCAAUGCCGGCGGGAAGGACGUGUCCGAAUCCCUAAAACCAGUCAAAGCAUCUGUAGUUACAAUGCUGCAGAUACAAUGCCCCAAUGAGAGCGAACAAUCAAACAAUUCAGCUCAGGAAAACAAGUGUCCAGCCCCUUCAACUCCACAGCUCAAACAAGGAAUAAGAUCAACCGAUGACCAAACACAGGAAAGCAGCAUGGAGCAAGAAGGGGAAUAUAAAUUCGUCGAAACUACUUUUAGUGAUUCCGUUUUUGAAACAGCUCCCCCGGGAGUGGAUGAUGAUGAUGUGGUGAAGCGAGAACGUGAAUCGAGCUCCGAAAAUACGGGGCAAAACGGUAAUUCUAACCGUUGUGAGAGGAGUAAGGAUGCCCGUGGCAGCCGUAAAAAAACACUGGGUGUCAAUGCUUCAAGUGAGACUACAAAGGCUUAUAAAAGGAAGUUAAAGGUCGAUUGGACACCCGAACUACACAAGAAAUUUGUACAAGCGGUCGAGCAACUUGGUCUUGAUCAGGCCAUUCCUUCGCGAAUUCUUGAACUGAUGAAAGUCGAAGGCUUGACGAGGCAUAAUGUAGCCAGCCAUCUACAGAAGUACAGAAUGCAUCGCCGGCAAAUAUUACCGAAACAAGAUGAGAGGAGAUGGCUUAUAUCAAGAGACCCAGCACAAAGGACUUGUUAUCCGCACAAGCUGCCCGUGAUGGCUUUCCCUCAGCACCAUCAUUCUGUCAAUCCCCUGCCCGCCGGGCAGUUCUAUCCCCCCUGGGUACCGCCGGGCAGCUAUCCCGGUGUCCAUGUCUGGGGUUCACCUUUCCCCUAUCCCGAGUGGCAGCGCCCAGAGGAUUGGAACUGGAAAACCAACGCUGCAGGGGUUUAUGGUCAUGCAUGGGGCUGCCCUAUUCUGCCACCACCUCAGGGAUCAUCAUAUCCAACCUAUCCUCAGAACGCAUUGGUGCAUUGCUCUAGUGGCGGGGCACAAGGUAGAUACAACAUGCUAGGGAAAGCGUUUGAUGUUCAUCCGGCAGAAGAGGUGAUUGACAGCAUAGUGAAAGAGGCAAUAAACAACCCAUGGCUUCCCCUACCUUUGGGACUCAACCCUCCUUCAACAGACAGUGUCCUAUGUGAGCUCUCUAAACAAGGCAUCUCCACCAUCCCUCCACUAAUCAACGGCUCGGAUUCGCGCUGACGUGGCGAUACCCCCUCCUCGUGCAUGGAUCAACGACCUCGGGCAGCAUGGGCCGAACCGAGAACACAAAAAAUUUGGGCCAGGAAGGAUGAAGCCGACCACCCUAUAGGAAGAUCCGUGUCCAUGCCCACAGAUGUGGGCUUGGGCCAAAUUUGAGCAUAUUCAUGUAAAUAAAACUUGCACCGGGCCAUUAUUGGCCCGAUUUGAACAGACUUAUGCUGUCAUUUAUUUGGUCUUCCAUUUAGAUCCGGCCCAGCUGUCUCUUGCUAUGGUUGUAGCAAAGAGGCCAUGCAAAAUUGGAAAUAAUGCUUCGGAUGAUCAUUAGGCAUAUCAGCAUAUGCUAAUGUAUGUACAAUGCACUCCCUUAUAAAUGAAUAAUUCAUGCCUUU